CAAUAUCCCGCUCCAUUCAUUUCUGUCGCAUCUGCAUUAUCCAUUUCCCAUACCCUUCCCAAAUCGCAGACCAGAGGAACCACCCGAGCAAGAAUGGCAGACGCACCCCCCUUCUUCAUCUACAAGCUCGUCCCCUCCACGGCGCCGGUGCGCGAACCCCUCCCGGACCGGCUCCCCAUCAGCGAGCUCGACAACCAAUCCGGCUUCAUCCACCUCUCCACCGCCUUCCAGGUCCCCAACACCCUCAAGCUCUUCUUCAAGGAUGAGCCUUUAGUGUAUGUGCUGCGCAUCCGCUACGAUCGGGUCGAGAACGACAUCAAGUGGGAGAAUCCCGAGGGGACGGUGUGCGGGCCCCGACCGACGGAAGGGUUGUUUCCUCAUCUGUACAAUGGGCUCAAACUGGGCAAGGACGAGGUCGAGAGUAUAUCGAUCUGGACGAAUGAGGAUGGCUGGGAUAAGGCGCUGACGCAGGCGAAGCCUUGGUUGCUGUAUUGAUUUCUCGGUUGAUUGUUCUGCCGGAAGGAUGGAUGGGAUGUAAUCAUUAUUCUCUGCCCCGUUGAAGGGGGCGGGGAUGUAGGGACCCGGGGUCUUUCAUUCAAGUCAUGUACAGCAGGAAAAUGAGUGUGAGAGAGAAGGGGGGAGGGGGAUUGUCAGGUAUUCUCUUGAAAUGCUGUGUUGAUGCAUAAUUCAUCGUGCGUCGUUAACCAGUUUUGUUGAGUUAUGAUCUAAUACUUUAUCGCUG